AGUCGCACUCCUCAAUCGAUCUCAUCAAAGAUUCCAUGGGAGCGAAGCUUUCUUGCAUUUACCGGCCGGACAGUGCAGCCGUCGACGCGGGCGCCGCAGCAGCGACGGCGACGGCGACGGCGACGGCGAGGGUCGUCGCGGCCGACGGCUCGCUGAGGGAGCUGCCGGCGUCGUCGUCUCCUUGCGUCUCCGUGGCGUCCGACGUGCUCGGCGACGACACGGCGUCCUUCUUCGUGUGCAACUCGGACGCGCUCUACUUCGACGCCCGCCCGCCGGCGCUGGCGCCCGGCGAGCCGCUCCGCCCCGGGGAGCUGUACUUCGUGCUGCCCAGGGCGAUGCUCGGCCGGCCUCUGUCCAGCGCCGACAUGGGCAGGCUCGCCGUCCGCGCGAGCGCGGCUCUCGCCGGCGGGUCGAAGCCCCAGCAGGUACAUGCGGCAGAGCGACGCCACAUACACCGGCAUGGCGGCGGCGGCAAGAAGAAGAAGAAGAAGGUGCAGGUCACGCCGGCGCAACGCAGAGAAGACGACGUCGACGGCGUGUUCAACGAGAAGGUCAACGAGCAGACGCUCGGGCUGUUCGCCGUGUUCCUGAGCCCGGCGAGAGGAGGCGGCGCGGCGGCGGCGCGGUCUCCGCUGAAGAGGGCGUUGAGCUUAGUGGAAGAAGAGGAGGCGUAGUAGGAGCUCAUCUCCACCAUCCGUUUGUCAGUUUUGCUAGCUCAAGUGGAAUGAACCCGCCACCAUACGAUAUUUGGUUCAAAACACGAAAAGUGGAAAAAAUUCAAUGGAUUUCAAACAAGUUUGAUUUCCUCGAUUCAAAGUAAAACAGUAGGGGGUUUAGGACGGAACCGAAUCCUCUGCAGUCGACUGCCUCGUGUCCACAUGUCAGCGACGACCGUACGAGGAAGUCGACUGAAGAGGGAUCUCGAUCCGUUUAGAACAACUGUGUAAACCUUGUAGUUUGGUGAAGCACAUGUCCCGGCGAGAGUGCUAACGGGCAAACGUUUGCGCACCUCGGCCCCGCUUGAACAUCCACGAUUAACCUUCAUUUU